CGUACAUGUGGAGCCUCAGCUGUAACCAGACGUCAUAAAAACGUUUAAGCUUUUUGGUUUAAAUCGAUCAUUCGUAGAUAUCUUGUAGUAAACACUAUUAGACAUGGCCUCAAGUUGUCGAAGACCCGAGCAUAUGGCUCCGCCUGAAAUUUUCUAUAACGAAGAGGAGGCCAAGAAAUAUUCUCAGAAUUCUCGGAUGAUUGAGAUCCAGAGCCAGAUGUCUGAGAGAGCUGUGGAGCUGCUGAACCUGCCCGAGGACCAGUCCUGUUUCCUGCUAGAUGUGGGGUGUGGCUCUGGGCUAAGUGGGGACUACCUGUCAGAGGAGGGACAUUGCUGGGUUGGAGUGGACAUCAGCACAGCCAUGUUGGAUGUAGCGCUGGAUCGGGAGGUGGAGGGAGACCUUGUGUUGGGGGAUAUGGGUGAGGGAUUGCCCUUCAGGCCUGGGACCUUUGAUGGCUGCAUCAGUAUUUCUGCUCUCCAGUGGCUCUGCAAUGCUGACAAAAAGACUCACAGCCCCCACAAGAGGCUCUACACCUUCUUCAGUACACUCUACUCCUCCCUGGUGAGCUGCCUAGGGACCUCGGUCCAAUCUAACUACUCCUCCCUGGUGAGCUGCCUAGGGACCUCAGUCCAAUCUAACUACUCCUCCCUGGUGAGCUGCCUAGGGACCUCGGUCCAAUCUAACUACUCCUCCCUGGUGAGCUGCCUAGGGACCUCGGUCCAAUCUAACUACUCCUCCCUGGUGAGAUGCCUAGGGACCUCGGUCCAAUCUAACUACUCCUCCCUGGUGAGAUGCCUAGGGACCUCGGUCCAAUCUAACUACUCCUCCCUGGUGAGAUCCCUAGGGACCUCGGUCCAAUCUAACUACUCCUCCAGGACAUGGACCGGUAGACUGCAUAUACAAUAUUCCCCUCUCUGAUCUUGGACCCAUUCUUCUGGACUAUAUAAUUCCCCAUCAAUCAGGAUAUUCUAUUUUAAAGCUGCUUUUUGGGUCGACUAAUCGAAUUCACAUAGAAAUGUGAGUUAUAGAUCUGUCAUACUCAUUGAAAGCAAGUCUAAGAAGCUGUAGAUGUUCUGUGUGUGUUAUUUCUAUGCUUCCUGUUCUUAAGUUUUGUUUUUGCGUCUUUUGGUUUUGUACACCAGCUGAAGAUGUAAUAUUUCUGGUUCUUGAAAAUAUAUUUCACAGCGGUUUACAUAC